AUGAGUACAUUUCAGAUGAGUCACUCCCGCAGCUCCGGUGGCAAGUCCUCCAAGGCCAAGAGCUUCUCGUCCAAGGGCAAGAUCGAGAAGUACAACCAGGACGGCACUGAGACGAUUAUCGUCAUGGGCCGCCCGUUCCGCGUUCUGCAGCGCAUCGGCGAAGCCACCAAUCACACAAGCAGCAGCAAGGAGCGCAGCAGCAAGGGCGGCAAGGACAAGCGCUCGUAUGUGUUCCUGGUGGAGAACACCGAGAACCUGCCAGAGUUCCCGCGCCACCUCGCGUUGAAGCGGUCCUUCUUCAACGUGAACGAGGUGCUGGUGGCGCACAGGGAACCGGAGGUGCUUGGCCGUGUGAAGGACAAGGGCAUCGUGCGUGUCUUUCACUCUGAGGUGACCCGCAGUGAUGGGCGACUCGGCGUGACGGUCGCGAUGGAGUACUGCAGCAGUAACCUCUACCGCCGCCUUCGACAAGAGACGCGUUUGUCGGAGGGGGAAGUUGUGCAGGUGCUGUUAGCCGUCACGAGUGUAGUGGGCUACCUGCACUCGCGGCAGCCGCCUAUUGCCCAUCGUGGCAUUAGCCCCGACAAUAUUUUAAUUCACUCUGGCGCAACAGGUGCGGCGGCGUAUCGUCUGUGCAACUUCAGCAGUUCCACGACGGAGGCGUAUGAGUGCGAGAACCGCGAGGAGGUGGCGCUGGCAGUUGAGGACAUUGAGCGGCACACAACUGCGGCCUUCCGUGCGCCAGAGAUGGCGGAUCCGGGAAGUCGCAAACGCAUCGACGAGCGCGUGGAUCUCUGGUCGAUUGGAGUCCUCUUGUACUAUAUGAUGUACUUGCGGCUGCCGUUCGGUGAGACGAACAUGGGGCUGACGGGGAGGCUCAAGGUGCGCUACCCCGCGGGCACUGACACGUGGUACACCGGCUCGCUACGUGUUGCGCUGCAGCACCUGCUAGAACCGGACCCGGAGAAGCGGUGGGACAUCUUCGCGCUCACCAAUUUUCUGCGCUUCGAUGAGGACAUCAGCAGGCACAUCGGCACCUUCAUCUUCACCGCGACGGAGUGGCCCGAUGGGUGGGAGCAGCAGGACGUGAAGGUGGUGAACCGCCUACCGCCGUCAAAGGCGCCGCCAGUACGGUUGGAGGGCGGCCGCACGGCGGACAAUGAUGCAGAGAGCCUGUCGCAGUCAGUCACACAGCGUCAAGCGCCGUCAUCUUCGUCGCAGCAGCAGCAUCAUGUGGAGUUGGAUGCGGACGCCCUGGCGGCCCUAGGCUUGGAUCCAAACACCAGUGAUCCCGAGAUGAUUGCGUACCACGAGAUGCUCAUCCGUGAACAGGAAGAGGCCUGGCAGCAGGCCAAGGCGGCGGGCCAAGCCGGGAGACAGAAGGCUACCGAAGCCGCCCCCGCGAAGACAAAGUCACCCCAACAAGAAAAUACGAAGGCAGAUGACGGGCAAAAAAAAGAGCAGCAGCAGCAGCCACAGGAAGCGCCUGAACCGCCCAAGCCCGNCAAGAAAAUACGAAGGCAGAUGACGGGCAAAAAAAAGAGCAGCAGCAGCAGCCACAGGAAGCGCCUGAACCGCCCAAGCCCGAAACUAAAGACAUCUUUGAUGAUUUGUUCGACAGCACUCCAGUACCAGCACCGCAGCCGGCCGCCGUUGCUCCUCCUCUUACUGCGAGUUUCUCGGUACCCGUCUCAUCUUACAGCGCACCCCCUGCCCAGCCAGCGGGGGCACCCAAUGUAG